GCGCCAGAGCAGGGCUGAGUUGCCUGGUGCGGCCCCUGACCCCACUCCCCAGCGGGAGCUUGCAGGGCAGCUUAAAACAGCUUGCGGUCGGAUGCGGCCCAUGGGCCAUAGUUCCCCCACUCUCUGUUCUAGAGCAGAUGAUCACAAUGGUCCCUUCUGGGUUGGAACUAUCGAUCAUUCCUUGAACACCAAUGACUCCUUCCCACCUCUUUGGGGGGAAGAUAUCUUCUGCCCAGGGUUGGGAUGAGGCGAUAAGGCAGCAAGGUUAAGUGGAACUGGUCAGUCAUAGACUCUAGCACUUUCUCCUCUAUCUCUCCUAGCUAGUGCCCAGGCUCGUAGUAGCUCCCAAAUAAGGAAUGCUGCCCCUCCCUCCGUCCCCCUACCUUGCCAUUGUACAGGCAGGGCAUUCAAGAGGGCUGAGAGAAAAGAGGAGUAGGCUGAGGAGCCCGCUGUGUGAAGCUAGUUGUACAGGCAGCGAAGUCAGUGGCAUGCAGCAGGUGGCGCCUGGGAGCCACGCUGGACUGCGGCCGCUGCGGCUGGCGGCUCCCUCCCAGUGGGCUCGCACAUGGCACGCGCCUCUGUGAAAAGCCGCGCGCCGCUCCGGGUCAGCUCACUUGUUCCGGGAGAGCCUCAGCGGGAGGAGCGGCGCGUGAGUCUCCGGCUGCAGCUGCAGGCGCUGCAAAGCUCCACCGCCUCCCCCUCCCAGCCCCGAGUCCGAUGCAGCCUCAGUGCCGCCCAGCGGGUACGCGCCGAGGAGGCAUGCCACGGAGCGGGGCGGCGGCAGCGGCACUGCCCUCUGCCUGCACCCCUCUCUCUUACUGCUGCGCAGACAGAGGGGGCGAGAAGCCAGGCACCAGAAGCUGCGUCUGCUUUUAAGGGGCGCUCCCCCCGCUCCCGCGGGAUCCUGCUCCCUAGCCUCCUGCUCUCCUCGUCCCAUCCACUAUGGUGCUUCAGCUUGGGACUUUGCACUCCUGUUCUUGCGCAUGGCUCCAUCGCGUGCCGGAGGAGGACUCGGUACCGUCAGAGCCCUAAUUAGGGAGGAUGGCUUCGGGGGAUGAGCACAACCUCGGGAGCGGCGAGGAGGAGGAGAGCCAACUGCAGCUGACUUGGUGAGGAGGGUGCGAUCCCCAGGCUGGCUGUGGGAGUCCCCCCAGACUUCAGCCCACCUCCCUCGCUCUGUCAGGAUCUGCGGUCCGGGUCCGGACCCCGCCUUGUAUCAGCACAGCAGCAGCACAUCGUGGCCAACUUGCUGGGAGAGAGCCGUCCCUGCUGCUGUCCUGGCUGAGGAGCUCCCAUUCCCUGAACCCAGCGGCAGCAGAGCCAAGGGCUGGCUUGCUGGGGAGUGGGCUGAGCCCCGGCUGGCUUUGGGGGAAUCCCCCAGCGCAGCCCAGCUCCCCGCUCUGUACGGACCGGCCCCUGCAGUCAGCCCCCAGCCCCGGGAGCUGGACCGGGCUGACUUGCUGGGGAGCAGGCAGAGCCCGGGCUGGCUUUGGGGUCCCCCCAUCUGCUGCCGGGGCGGCCGCGGUCAGGGAGCUUGGACUUGGGCUGCCACCAUGUCUAAGACGGCGGAUAGCGGCGGAGCGGCUCCAGCCGAGGACCUGUCCAAGGUGUCCGACGAGGAGCUGCUGAAGUGGAGCAAGGAGGAGCUGAUCCGCAGCCUGCGCAGGGCCGAGGCGGAGAAGAUGAGCGCGAUGCUGGACCACAGCAACCUCAUCCGGGAGGUGAACCGCCGCCUGCAGCUCCACCUCGGCGAGAUCCGCGGCCUCAAGGAUAUCAAUCAGAAGUUGCAAGAAGAUAACCAAGAACUGAGAGACCUUUGCUGUUUUCUGGACGAUGAUAGGCAGAAAGGCAAGAAGGUAUCACGAGAGUGGCAGAGAUUGGGCAGGUACAGUGCUGGGGUUAUGCACAAAGAGGUUGCCUUAUAUUUACAGAAACUGAAAGAAUUGGAAGUGAGACAAGAAGAAGUGGUUAAAGAAAACAUGGAACUGAAAGAACUGUGUGUUUUGCUUGAUGAAGAGAAAAGUGGUGGAGCAGGCAGCAGGAGUUCCAUUGACAGCCAAAUCAGCCUCUGCCAGCUAAAUGCAACAAGUACUUACAUACGAGAUGUUGGUGAUGGGAGCAGCACCUCUAGCACUGGAAGUACGGACAGUCCAGACCAUCAUAAACACCAUCCAAAUACUAGUCCUGAACAUCUCCAAAAAAGUAGGGGCGAAGGAAGCCCUGAGCAUCAAAAACAUAGGAGUCUUAGCCCAGAGCAUCUCCAAAAACCUAAGAGUUCUGGAAGUCCCGAUCACCAGAAGCAUCUAAAAGGACCAAGUCCAGAACAUCAUAAAAAUGUUGGCAAAGGUAGUCCUGAACAGCAAAAGCACUCCAGUAGUAGUCCAGAAACUCUUCCAAAGCACAUUUUAAGUAGUAGUCCUGAACAUUUUCAAAAACAUAGGCCUAGUAGUAGCCCAGAGCAUCAAAAGCACAGCAGCAGCAGCCCUGAGCAUCUUCAAAAACACACAUUGAGUGGAAGCACAGAACAUCUCCAGAAAGUGAGGGGGACAAGCCCUGAGCAUCUCAAACAACAUUAUGGAGGGAGUCCGGAGCAUCUCAAACAUCUCAGUGGGGGCAGCAGAGAAGGUACCCUAAGGAGACAAGUAGCAGAUGAUAUGUCACCUCAUCACAGGAGUGUAUACAAUGGAAUGAAUGACUCAACCUUGUCCUAUGUUAGGCAGCUGGAGGCAAGAGUAAGACAGCUGGAGGAGGAAAAUCGCAUGCUACCCCAGGGUCCCCUUAGGAUGCCAUCAGGGGCGGAUGGGAGUUACUGCUCUCCAAACCAUCCAGCUAGCUUCAGUGGACAUGUCUCACCUUCUCAGCAGCCUGAAGCAGUGGUAAAUGCUAUUAAGGUCUUGGAAGCUCAGGAAAAUAUAGAUCGGCAGCAUGGUAAAGAAUAUGAUCAUGACCUUAGUGAGACAGAAAAAGCUAUAGUCAGAGAAAUGUGCAAUGUUGUGUGGCGGAAGCUUGGAGAUGCUGCAGGUUCAUGUCCUGGAAUUAGACAACAUUUGUCAGGAAAUCAGUAUAAAGGACCUAUGUAAAAGGACCUGAGUGUCACCCCUCUCAGAAGAUAGAGUUUAAAUGGCAAGUGACGGAUAGAGGGAACUUACUCUAUCCACAGUAACUUCUCAGCUGACAACAGGAUGUCUACAUGCAGUAUACAUGACUUCUUUGAAACAGUGGUGAAGUGGUUAAAAAAAAGUGGAUAAACUGACCUAAACUCCAUACUCUCUGACUGAGAAGUGGGUAAACUCUGUUUACUCUUGACUACACUACUGCUUUGAAAAUUGGCACAGCUUCUUCAUAAAAGUCUUUCAGACAACAGUUAUGUACCCUAGAGUCCUGGCACUGUCAUUUCAGGAUACUGUAGAGUUAAACUCUGCCUCUUAGCCAUGGCAUUGUCAUUCAAAACUACACGCUCAGAGUGAAGAGAUCUGAAUGCUUCUUAUUUAAAACAUAAUUGGUAUUCUGCAGGAGAUACACAAAAAUGUUUUUUUUUUUAAAAGACAGUUAUGGUGAACCUUCAUUGAGUCUGAAUGAAUUUUAAUUAGGUUUAGCAGGAGUUUUUCACCAGAGUGGAGAGACACCAAAAAACUGUGCCUUGAGUCAUCACAGUUACAGGAAAGUCAGAUACUUGGUAGCUCACGCUUCAGUCGACAGUAUUAGUUAAUGGUGCUUAGGCAAUUUGCAGCUGAAAUUACUUUUUUUUAGAAUACUUGCAUUUGAGGUGCUAAAAGACAAUAAAAUCUCCUAACCAGCCAGUAGUGUAGCAAAAACUACAGUACAUGUAGCAAAACACAAUUUCUUUCUAAAUGAAAGUGAAGAUAGACUUUUUGCAUUCUCUUUUGUGCAUGCCUCCUGGAAACAUACAUGAUGGGCAGCACCCUGCGAAUAGAACACUGAGGUAACAAUAUUUAAGACCUCAAACCAAAACCACCAUCAGAGUUCUUUUCUGAGAGCAUUUUCCAAUUGCCAAUGCUUAUUUCUACCAUUUAGUUUAGAGACAUGCUGUUUUAUUUAAGAAAAAUAUGAGUCUAAAAGAUUGCACUGCAUUUAUGAAAAGCUUUCCUUGCCUACUGUAAUGUUCUUUCAAAUAAAACUUUUAUUCUUCUCAAAGCAUGUCUUUAAUUUAUUCUGAGGCUAAAAGCUCUUGUUCAGAUUGCCUGAGUUUUGACCAGGAGGUGCCCUAGAUGUGCUUAGUUUAAUUUUUUUCUGUGUGUAUAACAUUAGAUUGUGUGUAUUGAAAUGCUAUGAUAGGUAUUUUGUGUAUAUCUAAAUGCAACAAAUACUUUCUUGUAUGAAUGUGCGACAGGCUUGUGACUGAAUGCUGUUGCUUAACUUUUUACCAUAGCUGAGCAUCAAAAAAUAGGAAUGCAACAAUUCCCAGGUUUUGGGUUUGUUCUUGAUUACUAAAAUUUGAUUCAAAGGUGAUAUUCUCUGGUUUUUGUGGGCUUGUUAUAUGUUGUAUACUGGUUUGUUGGAAGUGGAAUGUAGUUGGGCUGCUGUGCAACCUUUUUUAUAUGGUGGUGUAAAAUCAGCUUCCUGUCUUCAGAAAACUGUUAUGGAUUAAUUUGUGGCAGUAAUUAUAUCUGUUCUGUCAUUUUAUUUGGUACCAUUCAACAGAGAUGUAAGGCCUCCAAUCCAGCAUUCCUUUCUCAGGCACAACUCUUGUUGAUUCCUUUUCCUUGAGUGAGGACUGCAGAAUCUGGUUUUUAAUUUUGAAACAUGGCAUUUUUAAAAUAGUUCUUAUAUAUAAAAAAAAUGCUUGUUACAUUUCCAUAUUUUUCUCUCAAGCAGUUUUAUCAUUAAACUUAAAUUGUUGUAUUCCUAUAACGUGGGGGGGAGGGGAGAAAAAGAGUAGUAUUUACCUGCAGGGGCUAAUUCAAGGGACACUGGUCUUUUGACGUUACACUUGUGUAAAUUUUGAUACUGUAUUAAAACUAUUUUUUUACAGUUCUGCAUACAACUGGGUAUCAAGUAUCUGUGUUCAUUUUAGCAACGGUAAUAAAUUAUUUAAUCCCA